GUCACUAAUCCGCCGGCCCGCAGCUGGACCCACGAAGCCAGGCGCCACCAUCUUCUUCCAUCGACUUUGUCUAGGGUUAGGGGGUCACCAUCUGCGAUCGCAGGCGGAGGGUGGAUCCGCGAGGAGGUGCUCUGCUACGCGAUGUUGCUGCGGCUGCUGCGUUCGUGGCGGCGCCGUCACCACCCGCCGCAGAGAGGCGGAGCGCUGGCCGCCGCGCUGGUGAUCCUCCUCCCGGCUUUCUUCCCGUCGCUCUUCACCCCGCUCGGCCACGCAUUCCCUUCCCUCUUCUCCGAAUGGAAUGCUCCCAAACCGAUGCAUCUAUCUCUUCUAAGGGAUGCCUUAGAACGUAAAACAUCAAUUGAUCAACAGUCUGAGCUUUGGGCUCCCUUAGCAUCACAAGGAUGGAAACCUUGUAUUGAAUCUACAAGUACCUCUUCACUCCCCAGUAAGUCAAAUGGAUAUAUUCAGGUUUUCCUUGAUGGUGGACUGAAUCAACAGAGAAUGGGAAUCUGCGAUGCAGUUGCUGUUGCUAAAAUUUUGAAUGCUACCCUUGUUAUCCCAUACCUUGAAAUCAAUCCUGUCUGGAGAGACUCAAGCUCUUUUGAGGAAAUAUAUGAUGUGGAUCAUUUUAUUGAUGUCCUCAAAGAAGAAAUCUCAGUAACUAGAGAAUUGCCCAAGGAAUACUCUUGGAGCACUAGAGAGUAUUAUGCUAUUGGCAUUCGGGCUACAAGAGUAAAGACUGCACCUUCUCAUGCUUCAGCAAACUGGUAUCUCGAGAAUGUUCUACCUGUCUUACAGAGUUAUGGUAUUGCUGCCAUUUCCCCUUUUUCACACCGAUUGGCUUUUGAGAAUUUGCCUGGGGAUAUACAACGCUUAAGGUGUAAGGUCAAUUUUCAAGCACUGGCAUUUGUCUCUCAUAUCAACGCUUUAGGGGAGACACUUGUUAAGCGGUUGAGGAGUCCAGUCCAUCAACAACCUGAGGAGUUUUUAAAGGAAGUAGCGGAUGAAAAUGUUCAGGAGGGCCCUGGAAAGUUUGCUGUGCUGCACCUUCGGUUCGAUAAGGACAUGGCUGCACACUCUGCCUGUGAUUUUGGGGGUGGUAGAGCUGAAAGGCUUGCUUUGGCCAAGUACAGGCAAGUGAUUUGGCAAGGGAGGGUCUUAAACUCCCAAUUCACUGAUGAGGAACUGCGAGGCCAGGGUAGAUGUCCAUUAACUCCUGAAGAAAUAGGAUUGCUACUGGCAGCUUUAGGCUUUGACAGCAGCACUCGUCUAUAUCUUGCCUCUCAUAAGGUGUAUGGUGGAGAGGCCAGGAUAUCCAGCCUACGCAUGCUUUUCCCACUGAUGGAUGAUAAGAAGAGUCUUGCUUCAGAAGAGGAGUUAGCUAAGGUGGAAGGAAAGGCAUCUCUUCUAGCCGCCGUCGAUUACCAUGUUAGCAUGCACAGUGAUAUCUUCAUUUCUGCAUCCCCAGGGAAUAUGCACAAUGCCGUUCUGGGCUAUCGAACUUACGAAAACUUGAAGACCAUACGACCAAACAUGGGUUUGCUAGGACAACUCUUCCUGAACAAGACCAUGGACUGGUCCGAGUUCCAACGGGCUGUCCAAGCUGGUCACAAAGCUAGACAAGGGCAAAUCAGGUUGAGGAAACCAAAACAAUCCAUAUAUACAUAUCCAGCUCCAGAUUGCAUGUGCCAAGGAAAGCAGCGGCGGAAAGAUGACCUCGUACACUUUUGCCUGCACGCAGAUAAGAUAGUAGGCAUCGGCGCCUGCUCCGGUCAUGGCCGCAGCGACGUACCCCCAUCUUCGGCGACUUCGACUUCUUUUGCUGGUGAGAAGGACGAUUCGGAGCCUACAACGCUUUGUUAGAUCUCAUUCUCCACCUUUUUAUCUCACAGCUUAGGAAGGACUACUCUCCCCUGGCUGCCUGCUGAAAGGGGUUUUGCUGUGAGAUCAAACGUUGUGGGAACAGCUUUGCCUUCAUCCAAAGACGCCAUUUGCAUGGCCAACCAUCGUCUUCACGGCACGCACUUACUGCUGCGGACGUACACCAGCAAAGGCACGGGUCAUACGGCGCUUUGCGCCAUAAACAUGAGCACAGGUACACACCCAUUCUUCAUUCCAUGUUGGGGCUGUGAGAGGGCCUCUUACCUCUGUCAUGUAGGAGGUGGCGAACUUUUUCGUAGGUUUCUCCUGCACUGUCUUGUCAAAUCCAUCAUAAAAGCCCCGCUGAGCUAUCUUUCUCCGCUGGUCCAAACCACACGAACAGUCUUUAUAAGCUGCCAUCCCUUCGACAGCUCUCAUCAUCUCAACCCCAUUCGUUAGCUUUCCCCUUGUGAAAGUUCCCAUCGUCCAAUGGGAACUCCUCCGUCUUCCUGUUCUGAGCAUGAUGCCCUGUGUUGGGAUAAAGAACAGUAGAUGCAUUCCUCAUCGUUGCAGCACUGUUCUGGGGCUACGUGCGUUGCAUGUCAUCUCUGGGUUUCUGCUGUUGGUACUCUCAUCUAAGGCCUUGCAUGGGAGGAUGAGGUCACAGUGUGUAGCCAAGGAUGACUUGCCGGCGAGCUUACUCAUGCAUGUUCAUCUUGAAUAGCAGUAGUAGCACGCACCGUUGUUAAAGGCCGGCAAGUCGUUUUUGGCUACAUGUUUGCCUCUUCUUAUCAUGCUAGGCCAAAGAUGAUGAUCUUGAUUGGAUUUCGGAGUACUGCUUCCGAAGAAGAGUGCUGUGAACCAGCUGACUUCCAUGGGAAAAGAAUCGAUUUGAUUUCUUAGCUUGUAGCUUGAUUUCAUCUACUAACAUUGCUUAGGGUUCCUUUUUCUUCUUACUCUCACUUGUCUUCGUCACUGCUCUCUCUCUCUCUCUCUCUCUCUCUGAUCUUUGGAAUUGCAAUUAAUAUCAUUUUUUUGUUUGAUUUCUCUGUUACUUUCACUUAUAAAAUGGUGCCUUCUGAACCGAAAGAAAAAAGACCGAAGGUUGCGUUUGACACAACCUUAAAUAAAAGCGUUUACAGUCUGAUUAUUUUGGAAGGGUCUCCAAAAGUUCUUGCAAUUCUUUGACGACUCAUAUUUA